CAGUGGGAUCUGGUUUGUGACCGUUUGGGGCUCACUGCGCUUGUCCAGACACUCAUGAUGGCAGGCCAAACUGUGGGAAGCAUUCUCUUUACAUCGCUUGGUGAGUAUGCCAAUGAAAUUCAAGUGCCGCACUGUUGUGGUAUUAGUAUAGUGGUGUUUCGCGAGGUCGUGUCCGGCGGACGGACCGGUACCGGUCGGUGAGAGUGAGUCUUGCGUAGCCCGGUUCGUACAUGAGACAACACACUGGAUAAAAGUUGGAUAAAUUGUAAAAGCCAUAAGAGAAAAAAAAUCUGUAAAACGGCAAUCAUUAAAUGAUAAGUUGAUUGUUAGUCAUCUCGCAUUGUCUCAUCGCGGGGUUAAACAAAAUAUUUUGUGACAUACUUAGGGAAUUAAAAAUAAUAGUAUUGUUUUUUAUUGAUAAUACAUCUGGAGCUGGACCCUGCUGCAAGUGAGAAACUUAUCCACGAGUUUACCAAACUUUAAACUUUGUGUAACGCUGGGCUACAAGUGUAGGCAGAAGUAUUGAUUAACAGCAGUCGUCGCUUUUUUUCUUUUUUUUAAUCUAUUGAUUUAUUCCGGCAUCUGUACCUAAAUGAUUUACUAAAUUGUGUGUAGAAAACUUCCAAGGUGACUGCUGACCUCGAUGAUUUAAGAUCAACCCCCCUCCCCCACCUUUUUUUUUUUUUUUUUUUUUUUUUUUUUUUUUUUUUCUUUUUCAUAUUUCAACGGAUAACUGCCCUACUUGCCUAAAGAGUUCAUUCCAACGUGGCUACUUAUGGAUAUGCCUAAAGGAUGGGGAUUACCCAGCAAUAACCCGCUAGCUUGUGGCAGUGAGGUGCAGAGUGUUUCCAUUUUCACCCAAAUUGCCUACAACAGCUUGUUAUUACAUUUAUAUUACAAUAAAAACAUCAAUGCAUGUUACUUUUAUAUAUAAUCCGUGUGUAGGAGAAAGUAGCGCCAAGAAGGAGGAAACCUGCAGAAGAAUGUUGUAAACCCCCCCCCCCCCCCCAAAAAAAAAAAAAAAAUUUUUAUAAAUCCCUCAUCAAAUAUAAUAUUGGGGAGGUGGGAUUUUGACAAAACGUGCAUACAAGUAAAGCCCUUUAUACGAAUCCCAAUUAGUGCUCUCCCUUUCCUCCACAAGGCUCGCAGCCGGAAAUUUUUUUCAUGCCCCUGAAACUUCAUUAAACGAUUUCAGAAAAACAAAAUAACAUAUUACGCACCAAACGCACUUGCGAUAUUUAUUUAUUUAAAGAAUCUCAUUAAGUGCAGUCAUCAGGAAUUUUCCUUCAUGUUCAUUUUAAAAAACAGGAAAACUGAUUUUGUGGGUUUGGUUUUUUCUUGUUUUGUUUUUUUUUUCCGUUUUUUUUUCCGUUUUUUUUUUUUUUUGUUGUGGGGGGGGGGGUUGGGUUGUGGGGUGAAAAUUUGAUAUAAUGUGUUGUCAUCGGCAAUAAAUCAAUGUGCAAAGUUUCAGCUCGAUGGGUUGACGGGAAGUGGGUCAAUUAGCCGUCCGAAGAAUUUUCCCGUCACUUAGCCAGCCACCCACGAACAAAUGCGAAGUUAAUAUAAAGUAUAAAAAUCACCGCCAAAAAAUAUUUAAUAAAAAAAUCAUCUUCACCAAUAAGAAGUUUACUACAUAUUACAUUUGUGUUGUUCUAGACAUUUCCUUUUCCUCCAUUGUUGAUAAGGUAAAGAUAUGAGCGAGAGAAUAUCAUCUACACACUUACUUUUAGGGCUUACCUAUGACAUUUAUACUUGAACGAUUUCAAACUUUUGCUGGUGUAUUUUUUUUUCAAACUGUAGGCCUCACCUAGUCUGAUUCCGGGACUGCAAAGGUGACAACUCCCUUUGUUACACCACCGGACACCUUAAUGACAGCUCCCUUUGUUACACCAGCGGACACCUUAAUGACAGCUCCCUUUGUUACACCACCGGACACCUUAAUGGCAUCUCCCUUUGUUACACCAGCGGACACCUUAAUAGCAAUUCCCUUUGUUACACCACCGGACACCUUAAUGGCAGCUCCCUUUGUUACACCAGCGGACACCUUAAUGGCAACUCCCUUUGUUACACCACCGGACACCUUAAUGGCAACUCCCUUUGUUACACCACUGGACACCUUAAUGGCAACUCCCUUUGUUACACCACUGGACACCUUAAUGGCAACUCCCUUUGUUACACCACCAGACACCUUAAUGGCAACUCCCUUUGUUACACCACCGGACACCUUAAUGACAACUCCCUUUGUUACACCACCGGACACCUUAAUGACAACUCCCUUUGUUACACCACCGGACACCUUAAUGACAACUCCCUUUGUUACACCACCGGACACCGUAAUGGCAACUCCCUUUGUUACACCACUGGACACCUUAAUGGUAACUCCCUUUAUUACACCACCGGACACCUUAAUGACAUUUAUCCGCGAGAAGAGUUAUAUUCUAUAAUCUCCCUAAAUGUCUACCAUCUUUCUACCUCUCAGCCGACAAAUUUGGCCGAAAGAGUGUUUUGAUAGCCUGCAAUGCUUUGCUGUUAGGAUCUGGCAUCGGUGCUGCCUACAGUCCGAAUAUCUACGCCUUGUUAGUCUUUAGAUUUCUGGCUGGUUUAUUCCAACAGGUGAGGUUUUACAUAAUUUCUUUUAGGAAAUAGAUUGAACACUAAGAAUACGUCUUAAAGGCCAUGUUGUUGUUGUUCUUUUUUCUUUUAUAUUUAUAAUGAUGUUAGGGUUUAAAAUGUAUAAUUAGUUUCAUUCGGUUCAGCUAAUUUAUAUAAGUUAAAUUGAAUAAAUAGUUUCCCGUUGGCAUUCAUUUUGCAACUAGUGACAGGAUCAAAGUGUAGAUCCAGCAACAGCGGGGCGGGCAGCGAAUCCACAGAGUCAGGGGCUCUCGUCAUUCAAUGAAGAUGUGGAAAGCAUAAGACGCCUAACUGGUUACUAAUUAAUUGUAUUCCCUAGUAAACCCUCCCCACCCCCCACUCCCCACAUUUUUUUUUUUUUUGCAACAACAUUUUAUGUUUGGUUUAAUUUUUUUUUGCAACCUCUUUUUUUUUUUUGUUUACUUUUUCUUUUUUUUCCCCCCCCCCCCCCCACCUGUAAUUUUUUUUUUUUUCCGAAAUUUCUAUUAACCCCCUCACUUUGAACCCCCCCCCCCCCCCCAGGGUGUUGCUUGCGUCGACUAUACAAUGAUUGUUGAAUUCUUAACAUCACGACGCCGCAGGGUUGCUGGGGUUCUCUGUGGUUUGAACUGGACCAUCAGUGUUUUAUUCCUAGCUCUGGUUGCUUACCUCAUGAGGGACUACAGUUGGAGGUCACUGCAGCUGCUUUCAGCUCUGCUCGCUUGCAAUGUUUUUCUAUAUCCCUUGUAAGUUUGUAUGUGCAUAAGUUACAGGGUCUUCUCAGUGUUUGUGUCAGAUGAGGCAAUAUAGACUUAAAGAGAGAGAGAGAGAGUGUGUGAGAGAGAGAGAGAGAGAGAGAGAGAGAGAGAGAGGGGGAGGGAGAGAGAGAGAGAAUGAAAAUAUCUGUCAUGACUCAUUUUGUUUUCUAUGGAUUUAUUUUCCAUCUCUACAGUUUGCUUGUUGAGUCUCCGCGGUGGUUGAUAGCAAAUAAGAGAUAUAAAGAAGCAUUAGCUAUCAUCAAAAGAAUGUCCAUUAUGAAUGGAAAAGAUUUUGAGAAAGUCAGACGCAUUUUUAAACACAAUGUUAUGCAAAAACAGCUCAAUUCCCAUCAGGUAGAUUCUUAAGAUACCAAUAGUUUUUGUUCAUUACUUGUUAUUUAUUUGCGGGUUGGGGGGGGGGGGGAAGCGGGGACUUUCAUUGGUUGUGAAUUUAUUUUACAGAUGAAAUAUUAUUAUUAAAUCCUUCUUCUUACUGUUGCAUAAUUACAUUUUAAAUUAGCAUUUUUAAACACAAUGUUAUGCAAAAACAGUCCAAUUCCCAACAGGUAGUUUCUUAAGAUACCAAUAGUUUUUGUUUAUUACUUGUUUUUUAUUUGGGGGUUGGGGGGGGGGGGAAGCGGGGACUUUCAUUGGUUGUGAAUUUAUUUUACAGAUGAAAUAUUAUUAUUCAAUCCUUCUUCUUACUGUUGCAUAAUUACAUUUUAAAUUCUCAGAAUGAACUUAUCGCAAAUGCUCCAGGAAGAAAAGUUGAGCGCUACUCCGUCUUAGAUAUUUUACGACAUAAAAGGCUUUUAAUUUCUUCCCUCAUUAUAUGGUUUGCUUGGUAAGAAAUGUUUGCCAUUUCAACAAAAAAAAACAGUAUGUUGCUUUAUUUGUAUCUCUUUGAUGUUUUUUAGAAUUCUCAAACUUAUUUACUAUUGAAAUCUUGCAUGUGAUAUGGUAAAAAUAGACAUAUUAUACUUCUUGAAAACUCAAUUACAGGGCUACAAAUGUGAUCACAUAUUAUGGACUAUUUCUUACCUCCUCAUCCCUUGCUGGAAACCGUCAUCUGAACUUCUUCUUGAUGGCACUGGUAGACAUACCAGGUGAUGGUACCAAUUUUAUCCUUUUGAAAUUGUAAGUGACAAACUGAGAAAUAAUAAUAAAAUAUUAUUAUAUAAAAAUACUCAGAUUUUUUGCUUAAAAAGCUGCUGCAUCAAAAUGUCUAAUUAAAUGAAAUUAUAGCCAUGUUUAAUUUAAACUUAAAUAAAAGUAUCAGCUUAGACUAAACUAUUUCAGUUUUGGAAGGAAACCAGUCCUUAUGUUUUUGAUGACGUUUGCUGGAAGUAGCUUGUUGUCUGCCACUCUCUUAAUGAGCUUGGGUAAGUGCAAUCAAAGAGCAACCAUAAUAAAACAUUCUGAAAUAUUGAAUGAAAAAAUCAUAAAUUAAAUGUAAAAAAUGUGAACUGGAUCACCACCAUUUGAAAUCUUUCAUAUAAUAUUUCAUGACUAUUUUAUGAGUUUUAAAACAGCUGUCUGCCAAGCGCAUAAAUGACAUUUCAAUAUUUGGCUGAGGAAUUAUAGCGACAGAGCUAUUUAAUGGGGAAAGUUAACGUGUAGAGAGGGAUAGAGAGAUGGCUGGAGAGAUGGUGAAGACAAGAGAGAAUGGUAAAUGGGAGGGUUGGGGGAGAGGAACUAAGAUAAAUGAAGUUAAGCUUAAGUUUUGUUUGCACGCAGAUACCUGAUUUAUCACAAACCAACUUACUAGCUCUAGAUUUAAUCGACAGAUAAAUUGAUAUUUAAACGUUUAGUGAGAGAAGAGAUCUAAAAUAGCACAUUAGUUAACUUUUAUUUUUGCUUUCUUAUUUUUAACUUCAUUAUGUGCAAUAAGAAUAAGCAUUCAGCAUUGGGUGUGUUAAGUUUAAUAUUGGGUUCAAUAAGAUUCAGCGCACAAAAGGUUAACUCGAUAUUAAGUGGCAGUUGAAGCCUUUUAGAUUGGCCACCACUGGUUUAGUAUAAUUAACUUAUUUUACCAUACUUAUCAAAACAAUGUAUCUAUUAGGUACCAAUGCAGUAACACAGACUCUGUCAACGGUUUUUUCCUUGGCUGGAAAGUUUGGUAUUGGAGCCUCUUUUAAUGCCAUAUUUCUAUAUACACCAGAAUUAUUCCCUACAAAUUUGAGGUAAUAGCCUUGAGCACCUUGGCCACAUUAGAAGAUAAAAAUGGUUUAGAAAUAUGUUUUUUGUUCUAAACAUGAAUUCAUUUAACUUGUAUUAUUCCAAGACAAUGUAAUAUUUUAAAAUAUUUAAUAUAUCCAAAAUAAAAUUUGUUAAAUUUUUUUUUUUACAUUUUGUUUCUUUUUUUCAAUUUGGAAAUUUAUGUUCACUAUAGUUAUUGCCAUGUGCCACUAAAAAGUUAUCUAAAGUGAUAAAUAAUUUUCUCUUAACAGAUCUGCUGGGCUGGGUCUUUGUUCAAGUAUUUCUAGGCUUAGUGGAAUGGUAGCACCUUAUUCAAAACUACUGGUAUGUAUCUUUCAUUUAAGCAUUUUGUAUUUCUUGUUUAAAUCUCAUUCACUGUUAAUACUUUCAUGAUAUUAAAUAUGUCAAUCAUUUUUCGGAAGCAUUUUUCAAAACCUGGAUUUAUUCACAUGCAUUAUCUUAAAAUUGGCAUAUACCAUUUGCAGGACUAUGACUAUUGAUUCAGGGCUCUUAUUUUAUUCUCAGUAACCUAGUUUAAGAAACUCUGAAUGUUUAAUCACUCUCUUCAAACCUUUGUUGAUUUGAUAUUUACCUCCGGGAUAAAAAUAAGGAUAGGAGUCAGAAAUUCUAACUUAAAUUAUGGCAGCUCAUUUAAAAUACCUCUUUGAGAUAAUAGGAACAAGAUGUUUUAAAUACCUGAUACAAAUAGGAGUUUCAUGGAUUUAUUUCGUUUUUUUUUAAUGAAAUUGAGCAAUCACUAUUUGUUUAAAAAUUAUUUAUAUUAACUUUGCUUUUGUUUUUUGUGUGUUUCUGGCUGGAUGGCAAAAUCUUCAGACGGCUAAUUGACCCCCUUCUGAUCAUUGUAUCGAGCUUAAGCUUGGCACAUAGACUCAUUGCUGAUGAAAACACAUUCUAUCAUAUUUUCAAUCCAGCCCCCAUCCCCGAAAAUCAGUUUUUCCUCUGUUUAAUUACAGACAAAUUUCUUAUAUUUUCUUAGUAAUUAAAGAUUUAAAAUCAAUUCUUGCCUUAUAGCCUAUCAUUAUUUAUUGUUUCUCAUACUCAUAUUCUACCAAGUUUAUUACUUUCAUAUGAUUUUCAUUACGAAAGAAAUGAUCACUCAAAAUAAUUAUUUCAAAUAUUUUCAAUACUGCCCUAAUCAACUGUGUUUUUAUAUUCUUACAGGGUGAUGUUGUCAUAUGGGGACCGGGAACAAUAUUUUCAACCAUGUGUUUUUUAUCUGUCUUGAUGUUUACACAACUUCCAGAGACCAGGGGCAGAGCUCUCCCAAAUACUAUAUCUGAGAUGAAGGAAUGGUCCAGAGGGAAGCGACUGCUCAUAAGGGAUAAUCAUGCAGGAAGUGAAGAUCAAGUCAACAAGGAUGUUGUCAUUAAUAAUAAUAUUUAAUAACAAAACUCUUAACGCUGCUGUAAAUAGGGUAAUUAUAUAACUACAAAAAAGUUAUCCUUGUUUUCCAAUUUUUUUUGCAGCUUAAUUACUAUCUACACUGAGUUUUGGGGCCAUCCAUAAAAUACAAUAGGCGUCGGGGGGGGGGGGGGGGGGUCAUCACAUGUUUAUUAUAUUUAUGAUGAUGUGUGAUUUUUGAGGGGUUUAAGCUAUGUGACAUUACAUUCAAAGGGGAACAUUAUUUUCAAAAUACACACGAAAUUAUAGAUUAUAGACAUAUUUAUAAUUCUUUUUUCAACAAUUAUAAUUAAAUUAUUUUUAAACUACGAUCAAUGAAAAAAUGAGUUUAAAUAUGCGAGGUUCGAGAAAUGGCAUCUGAUCAAGUUAUAGGCCACCAUGGAGGAGGAGAAUAGGGGUGUAGUGACUUUGACAAUCAUGAAAUGUGGAGACAGUAUUCAUAAAAUUAGGGCUACAUGGCGCAAAAAAUAGUUGAUUGGGGGAGGGGGUGGGUAAACUUAAUACAUUUUUGAGGGCAGGGAUUCUUUACCUUCUUUUAGUGCUGCAUCCCCUCUCAAUUUCAAAAAAUUUCCCAUUAACAACCCCCCCCCUCCCCCCACCACCAAAUUAUAUUGUAAUAAAAUUUUACAAAUUAAAAUAAUUAAAUCAAUAAAUAGUUUUAUUUCUCUAAUUAACUUUCUAGAAAUAAGAAAAAAAUUACUAAUACAAAAAUGUAAUGCCCAACAAAAUUGACCAGAAAAACAUAUACUACUGAUAAUGAAAAUCUAUUUCUUUUUAAAGAAAGGAACAGGUCGCUAGCAAUGGCAGCAAAUAAAAUUUUCUGGGUCUUCAACACUUCAGAAGGUGUUUUUAACAAUGAUCUAGGGAAAUGUUUCUGACACAGGUGCAGUUAUGUGAUAUCAAUGGGAGCUGAUUUUUUUAAAAGGGUUUGUAGAGAUAUUUUAAAAGGGGGGGGGGGGGGGGGGGGGAUUCUAACGUUUGGUGACACUUUUUGAUGAUGGGAAUGGGAAUUGAAAAUCUGCUAUAUUUGUGUUAUGCCAUUUAUGGAUGGCCCAUUUGAGUGAUUUCUGUGAAUCUCCAAUCAUUUUGUUGUUCCUGUUCAUUGUAUUCUUUCUAUCAACAGAAUAUAUAACAUAUUAUUUUUAAUAGCUUAGGAACAUUUAUAAAACUUUGUUAAAUCAUUCAUUGAGUAAAUAAAUCAAUAAUAGAACAAAAUUAAAUGGUUUUGAAUAUUACAGGUAUUUACAUCAUAUUGUUACUAAAUUUUAAUUAAAGUUUAAAAUACUCAAUACGCAAUUUUCUUGAAUAAUUUGCUUAAAAUUUUUUCAUGAACAUAACAAAAUGUAGGGUGCAAAAAAAACAUAAUAUGAACGUUAUAUAUAUUUUAAAAUCUAUACAAUUUUUAAAACAGUAGCACAGUAUUUUUAUGUCAAAAUGUAUCAUAGUGUGGAAGAAGAUAUGUAUAAAUGCACAAUAUCAAUAUAAAAUGUCAGCUUAGACAUUCAUUAUGCCUAUUCACACUAGCUUAUUUCUUAUAUUUUUUUAAUAAAAAUAAAGAAACAACACAUAAACGAAAUAUUCUGGGGGAAAAAUGUACUAUUUUCCUGUAUGCCUGCGAAUCCUGGACAUUAACAGCCUAUCUUGAAAGCAAAAUAAAGGCGAUGGAGAAGGGAUGCUUCAGAAGCAUUUUCGGCAUCUGCUAUAGGGACCACAUCUCCAAUGAUACAGUGAAAGAAAGGGUUCGUUAGGCAAUUGGGGAGUACGAUGACCUACUGGUGACUGUGAAAAAACGCAAACUACCAUGGUACGGCCACGUAAAAGGAAACAAGGGCUUGCCAAAGAAAUAUUGCAGGGCACCACAAGAAGAGAAAGACAAAGAAAAAGAUGGGAGGAUAACAUCAAAGAGUGGACAGGACUAACACUGGACGAUGCAGUGCGUAGUGCUGAAGACAGAGAGGAAUGGAGGAGGAUGGUUCACAUGUCAUCUGUGGCGCCCCAACAGUCCAAGGACUAAGGGACAUGAGGAUGAGGAUGAGGAGGAUAGUAGUGCUGUAAUGGAAUUAUUUUUUUUCUAUUUAUCUGAUGUUUUCUUGUUUUAAUAAAAUAUUUAAGACAUAGCAUUUUCAUGUGCACAAACAAAAAACAGUAAAAUGUGUAAGGUUUGGCAUUUUUAGUUGGAGCUUUAAAAAAAAACUAUCAUCAGCUAUAUGAAACAAGUUUCCAUUUGCAGAUGUUUUAUUUUAUUAAAUUGUUGUCCUAAUUAUAGGGCUUAAAAAACUAAUGCUAGCAUGUUACUUUUUAACUCUUACCUAUGCUUAUAAUUAGUUUUUGUAGUGUUGCGUUUGUUUUAAAUGUGGUAAAUUAUAGACUUGUUUUUUUUUUUUUACUUUUGUACCGCGCUUCGAGCCUUUGGGGAUGAAGCGUGUUUUUGAAAUAAACUUUAUUAUUAUUAUUAUUAUUAUUUUUGCCCAUUUUCAAAUUCGUCAGUUUUAAAAAAUUGAGAAGGUUUAAAACCAGUGGUACAUAUUAUACAUUGAAAGUAUUUCUUUUUGACGACAAAAUUUAAAAAAUAAAAAUGUAUCAGACUAUACAUUAAAUUACCAAUUCAGUAUAGUUACCUAAAAGAUAAUAUUGGUCCUUGGGGUUAAAAUUAAAAGAUAUAAGCAUCUUAUUAAUGCUAGAUAAUAAUUUAUAAAUAAAAUCUUCUAAUAAUCUAAGAGGUAGAUAAACUAAUGAAAUUAGGACAUUAAAUUUCAAAAUCAAAAGUUUUAUUACAUGCAUUUUUGGUCAAUUACUGUAAUUUUACCAUUUUAAAGUAAUUUUAUUUGACGCUACAUUAACAGGAAUUGAAAUCAGUUACAUUUGUUAGCUCUGUUUACCAGAGCAAUAUCUAAUCGUAUGUAGGCUUAAAACCAGGCCCACCACGACUCGUUCCACCUCUCCCUCCCUUAAAGGGAACAACUGUAUUAUUUCCUGUGACAGCAUUAUCUGGAAUGGCGUCAAACUGUUUAAGGGCCAGAUAUCGACUUUCAUCUUGUUCAUUUCCUGUCAAAGCUAUGUUGCGUAAAUCAGGCAUCUCAGCAAAUGGGAUCCAGUCAGUGCCUAACAUAAAAUUAUACAGUUUAAAAUAUCUUUAAUUAAGUAGUGUAUGCCUAUAAAUUAUAUUUAUAGAGUUUUGACACUUACAUUGAAUAUCAAAAAUUAAUUUUUUAACUAUCAAGUUAAAAAAAUAUGAGUCAAAUCAGUAUUAAAGUUUUCUACCAGCACUAUCAAAUUAGUUCAGGCAUUUAACCUUAACAUGAAGAUGAACUAACUGAUUUUAAAAGAUAAACAUUUUGAAGUAAACAUUAUUUUAUAAGCCCUCAGAAAAAUAAUAUUCUCAAGAAAAUCUCUUUUGGCCUUUCCGUUUUCCAGAUUAUUCUUACCAACAGGAAGUCCUUGCUCACGCCGUGAUUGUUCUGAAUCAAAAAAUGUC